CAUUUCGAAUUCGCUUGCUGUUGGAGUCGGUCGCGCGCGGCAGCUCUGGUGCGGUUUAGAGAUAAAAAAACUUGUAUUGUAGUUUUGAUUUUGAUUUUUCUUGUGCUAAAAGAAAUAAAUAUGUCUCACGGACGAAAUGAGUGCCGAAUCUAUGUAGGCAAUUUGCCUCCGGAUAUACGCACCAAGGAUAUCCAGGAUUUGUUCCACAAGUUCGGAAAGGUAACUUUCGUAGAUUUGAAAAACCGCCGAGGGCCGCCAUUUGCUUUUGUAGAAUUUGAAGACAAUCGUGAUGCCGACGAUGCCGUCAAAGCUCGAGACGGUUACGAUUACGAUGGCUAUAGGUUACGAGUUGAAUUCCCCCGAGGAGGUGGCCCUGGUAGCUAUCGCGGCAGUCGGGGAGGUAACAGCGAGAGGAGCAGCGGUCGGGAUCGCGGAAGUCGUGGUCCGCCUGCCCGUAGAUCUCAAUUCCGCGUAGUUGUUACUGGGUUGCCUUCAUCCGGCUCAUGGCAGGAUCUGAAAGACCACAUGCGAGAAGCCGGCGACGUUUGUUUUGCCGAUGUUUACAAAGACGGAACUGGUGUGGUUGAGUUCCUGCGCCAUGAAGAUAUGAAGUAUGCCAUCAAAAAACUUGACGAUUCCAGAUUUCGUUCACAUGAGGGCGAGGUAGCUUAUAUCCGCGUACGAGAGGAUGCUAGCAACGAUGACAGACGAGGUGGCGAACGUGAACGAGACCGAUCUUAUUCCCCACGUCGACGUCGUGGAACGCCCACCUACUCACCGGUGCAAAGGAGCUUCUCGCGGUCCCGUUCACGAUCCUACAACUAUUAAGCAUCGCUGAGAGAAUGUAUGCUGAACAGAUAAGUUCCCGUAUCAGUGGAAUCCAAGUAAUUUGAAGAAUAUGUACAACUUUUAAGGUGGUGCCUAGUAUAUGCCACGACACUUUGAUUUAUUUCCACUAAAAAUCUGACCAAAUUAUAAGACAUAGAAGAACACAUUUCGGUUUUUAUAAUUGAAAAUUGAAACACAGUUCUCUUUCCGCGAUGAUUGGAUUUACUUGUAGGGCAUUUUUUAAUGAUUUUUGUAUACAUUCCUGAUUUCGGAAACAACUAAACUUUAGCAGCAAACAAUGUAAAUGCACAUCGAAAGCUACAUCAUUUUAUUGUGUUGAAUAACACGUGUGGAUUUUAAAAUAAUCGGAUAAAAACACAAAAAUAUUUACGUAUGAUUCCAAACCAUUAAAGAUUGUGUAAUGAUUAUCAGCUCUGAUUCAUGGAUGGUCAUUAGUGAUGCAGCUAAAUAACGAAUAUUUUUGAUUUCUUCUAGCCUCUGAAACGCCUCAUGAUGAUAGCCGAGUUUAUUUUGGAUGGAUUAGCCAAUUAGUUUAGAAUUUUCAUUUAAUUACAUAUUUUAUGCAAUGCCAAGCCAAGUAUUCUAAAGCCUGUUUUUCCUUCUCUUAAACAGGAAACAAGGAUUCACUUCUUAAUUGUGUUUCUUGACACGCACUGACAUGCACGCAAAAGGAUUUUUCUCCACCUGAAGUUGCGCGAAUCUAUGUCCUGCUAGUACUUUGGAUCAGGAUUUGCAGGGGACUUCAGGAUCGACCUUUGUCACGAUCGGAUUCCCUUUUGCUUAUACGACACACACCCAAUCAAAAUGAAUGAAACAGAUGCUUUCGUUUAAAGAAUGGAUCUCUGGACGAAACAGAACAGGAUUCAGGAUUAGAGUGGAUCAGAACAGCUACCCUAGUUGACAUCAUGGUGUUGCCGUAAAUACUAACAGGAUGUUAAAAGGAUUUUCUGUUUUUCAAAACUUAUUGGAAAUGUUUCAACUCAAGUUCUAAGCAAGUCCGUUAAAGUUAAUUUCAUAAUGCAUACACUGAUUGAAGAAUUCUAUUAGAAAAAUUAAUGCAAACACAUUUGAAGGAAGGAUAGCCAAUAUACGAUUGUACCGUGGAUAACCUGGAGUACGUUUGGACUGGACGGAAAGGACUGAUGGAUUUACUUGCUGAUAAUUUCGGAGUAUGAUUUCAAUCAGUGUAUAAUAACUUGCGGAUUUUAAAUUUUAACUUAUCAUGUUGGAUUUUUACAUGAUUUAGUUUUGUGCUUCGACUAAUAAAUUUUAUUUGUCGAAGGUCGAUCUUUUCAAAAAGCUUUUGUUCAAUUAAAUUUAAAAAAAUCUUGGAAGCAGACUGCAGUCGAUAGGAUUAUCAGGAAUGGACUCCGUGGGAUAACUGUCUUGUCUCGGAUCAACUGGCCCUGUCAUUUUUGGAUAUGCUAUUUGGAGGAAAUGCCUUAUUUUUGUAAAUCUCUGCCCAUCUCUGGACAUCGUGGGAGACUUGGAAUAAUUAUCUCGGUCUUUUCGUUUUCACUUGGGUGAGUGGAACCCCUUGGAUGAAGUGGAAUUUUGGAAAGCGUUCUCAGAGGAAAGAUGAAGGACUUCCGGUGUGUAUGACCCUUUACGUUACCUAACUUCUUAGAUGGUAUUUUAGAUCUUUUUUAACACCAUUUAGGUAUCUAUUUCUCUUCUUAACACUUUAUACAGCAUUUUGAACCAUUUCUUUUAAAAUCUUUCAUUCAUCACAUCUUUUAACAUAUGAAAGAAAGUUUAUUCUAUUCAAUGUAUUUCACGUUCAAUGCAAAUAGAUCGUUCAAUCUUUGUAGAAGUAAAGCAUGCUGGUUAUUAAUUCGACAACUUUUGUUGUUAUCAAGCAACAUGCUGGAUGUACGAUAAGUGUGUAAACAGAGGCGAGGUGGCAGAAAUAAAUUGCAGAACAGCUAUUAGUUAAUCGUGAUGUUUUAACAAGUGUGCAACAAAUUAUUUUAUACGGUGGAAUUGGAAGGAAUAUUGAAGGAGUGAUUUGGGCACUAACAGUAAGUAAUUAUGAACAUUGCGUUGUUUCCUGCAAGAGUGUAUCCGCAAUAAUAACGAUUUUUCCAAAUAUAACUCAUUUGAUUGAUUAAAAA